AUGAAAUUGCGUCUUGAUCAAUGUCGAAUUACUCUGACCUAUUGCAUUGCCCGGGGCUGUCACAUGCGUGUUGAUAACACAGAAAACCAUUCUUCUCAGGUAGCAGUCUUCCGGCCUGUUCGCGUUCUCUUCCAUAGGUCUAACAUCUCAUGUUACUCCGGCUAUGACUUAUAUGAUGGUAUCGCUCUGCUCUGCCGGGCCUGCAAGUCAAUCAUGAGAAUCUCCCAGUACUCAAGGCCCACAGGCAAGCGGCUCCUUCGAUUUUGGCCUUGUCGUCUUGAUGUCCAUAGUAUAUAUGCUUGA